AGGAUCUAUAAUGCCUCUUUCAAAGAAAGCCAUCAAGGCAUCUAGCACGAUCUCACCUACACCGAGGCCGUCGCCGCGCACCCCAUUAACGUCACUGGCGCUGACAUCCUAAGCUACCGCGCCUCUCGUGCGGAGCAUCUCGCGGCCUUGCGUCACUUGUAGUCCGAUUCCAGGCCCGAUUCCAGGGGAGGUCGUCGAAACGGACCAUCAAGUGCUUGUCAGAGACGGAAGUGAGAUCGCGGUGAGGGUUUAUGAGCCGAAGCGAAAGAAGGAGAGAGUCCACUAAUUGUCGCCUAUCAUGAAGGAGGGUGGAGCAUGGGCAAUUUGACCAAUGAGGAGAUGAACUGUAGAGUGUGGACGAGGGAACUGGGAGCUAUUUGCGUGAAUGUGGAAUACCGCCUCGCACCCGAACACCCCUUCCCCACCGCCAUAACGGACUCGUGGGACGCCCUCCCCUGGGCCAUCUCGCACGCCAAAUCUUUCAACGCCGAUCCAUCCCUUGGUUUAAUCGUCGAAGGCGCAUCUGCAUGCGGUAACAUCGCCGCAGUACUAGCUCACAUGGCGAGAGACGAGAAGCUAGAGCCGCCCGUCACGGGACAGUAUCUCUGCGCGCCGGCGGUGUUGAAUCUGACGGGGGUUCCAGAGAAAUAUCGUGACGAGUAUCGGAGUAGAAAGGAGGCGGAGAGUGACCCGGUACUCAAGAAAGACGGGAUAGAUACUAUUUUAGCCGCCUACCAGCCCGACCCCACUUCCUGGCUAUGGUAUCCCUUCAACCACCCAGCAGGUCAUUCCGGCCUCGCCAAAGCCUACAUCCAAAUCGGUGGCAUCGACCCUCUGCGCGACGAGAUGCUACUUUACGAACGGGAGCUGCUAGCAUGCGGCAUGGAAACCAGGCUGGAUCUAUACGCUGGAUACGGGCAUAUGUUUCAUGCGAACUAUCCGACGAUGCGGCGUGGCCUGGAAUUUUGGGGGGAUAUGCUGGCGGGAAUGAGGUGGUUGUUGGAGGAGUGAAUGGGAUCCUGGAGAGGGAAGUUGGAGGGUGGGCUGGGAGGUUGAAGGGUCUCUGGCGGAUUAUUGUGGGCUUCGAGUCUCUUGAGUUCGGUGCCCGAUUGGAGGCGUCUAGUACUAUGCAUGCCAAAUUGGGCUCAGGUUGCCUGUGUUUUGACCUCGCCUCCAAAUCAGACUCUUGUCUACCGGCCUCUUCGCGGCUCAAUAUCAACAGACUGAAGCCCUAUUAACAACCCAUCCAAGCUCAACACUUUUUGGCGCC